AUGACUGACGCCACGGGUGAUGAUCCUUCACGGCCUCCCGGAGUGAUAAGAGUCCGCCUCUCUAAGAUACCAUCACUACUAGAUCGGAUGCAAUUGGAAGAUGUUGUGACAAUAUCGCCGACAAUAGUACCGGUCGAGGGAGCGGUGCUUGCAGUGGAGGUGCUGUCGACCGCGAACAAAUUCACCACAAUAGAAGAAACAACCGGGCAUGAAUCUGAGUUCGUGGAAGGAGACAUUAUGCCAGUCGUCCUCGGCAAGAGGCGUUCCUUCCAGGCGCUCAGCUGCGACGUUCCCUCUAGACUUUCCCCUGGAGAUAUCCUAACCUACGUCAGCAAGAGCGGGUUGGUGGGAGCGGUCCAGGCAUUUCCCGCCCAUGGUCCGGCUCCAGUGCAAGUCCGAGUAUUAGGCAGUAUUCUGAAGGAUGGCACAGCGAUCAACAUCAAAGAUUCGGCCGUCCCGCGCCGUAAGACUCUCAGCAAAUCGGCACCUAUAGUGGCAGUCGCUGGUACCGCUUCAAAUACCGGCAAAACCACCACAGCACGCAAGAUCAUCCAACAUCUCAAGUCACGGGGACUCCGUGUCGCUUGUACCAAGCUUUCUGGGCUCGCCUAUCGGGGUGAACUGUGUAGAUUGUCUGCUACGGGCGCUGACGUGGUAUUGGGGUUCGCGGAUGGAGGAUUACCGACUACCUGCGGAGACUCAGCCGAGGUUAUCGAAGCUUCGCUGGGUAUAAUACAUGAGCUGAAUAAAAGUGAUCCCGACGUGAUUGUUGUUGAGUUUGGAUCUUGCCUUCUGGGGUUUUACAAUGUUAUGCCCGUGUUGGAUUCGCCGCAGUUCCGGCAGCACGUCGCUUCUGUUGUUCUUACGGCUAGCGAUACCGUCGCGGCUUGGGGUUUGAAGCGAGUCAUGGAGGAGUACGGCAUUGAGGUUACCACUAUCACUGGUCCUGCUGUGAAUAGUAUCAGUUAUGUGGACUAUAUUGAGCAAGAACUGGGCUUGCCUGCGGAGAGUAACUUGGGGACCAUGCCUAAGACGUUUCAGUUGGUAGAUAUGAGACUUGCCGAGUUUGAACGCAGAUCAAAUAGGUAG